AUGAGCCGCAAAAAGACCGAACCCGCUCUGUAUGAGCAUAUCACUAUCAUCGCCGAAGAACUGACGCAAGUCAUCCCGUCCAAGAAGAUGACCCAGUUCAUCGUCCCUGGCGCAAAUACCCACACAACGCGCCACCAACGCCAAAUCGAAGCUCGCAUCCUUGACAUCGCAUCCACGAUUGCAAAUGCAAAGUACGCGUCUGUGAUGUUCUCUAACUUCCACGAGUGGGAAGCAUUCCGCAAGACAUCUACCAAGGCUGCUGCUCGCGCCUUAGCCCCUGGCCUCAUCACCUCCAUGAACCCCUUUGGCAACUGCCUGACCAUGGCAUAUGAGUGCUACGAAGAGCUUCGGACCGCACUAGCAUCUGAAGGCCCAGACUACGCAAAGUGCGUAGACCGCGUGCAGUUUGUGACUAACAACUGGAAGCAGCGCGCCACGUCCGCUCGAGACUACCACUGCAUCACCAUCGUACGCCUGUCAACGCACUGUAUCGUUGUUGACGCCGUCGCUAUUGGGGCUGCCUUUGCUGUGCCUCUGGGCGAGCUGUUCAAGUCGCCGGGCUGCUCGUCGCAGGGGUUCGUGUACGUAGCAUCCGGCGACGCGCGGCUGCUGGUCGAGUAUGAGCCGAAUGCGCCGUGCUAUAAUCUCGCGCGCCCUCAGUCCAAAGACGUGUUUGAGUAUGAUGAUCCCUACGCGGACGUCCAAGGCGGACUUGAAGGAGCGGUUCAGGACCUUGCUUUCCCGUCGGUCGACUGGCACAUGCAAGGCAAGCUGCCCAGCCGCCGCAAGAUCAUGAUCCACCAGACAUGGGACCGAAAGCCGACGAUCGAUAAGGCAUCGUUCGAGGAGCUCGAAGGUGGGAACAAAGUCGUAGUUGAGACAGCCCAGAUUCGGGUCAACUUCCACAAGCGGAAGAUCACAGUGAAGUACAUUCCCUACGCCGACUGGCGGAAGCGCACGCAGAACGCGGCACUGUUUAGACGACUACGCGAGUGUAGCGAGUUCACGCUGCCCAAGGGCGGACAGGCCUUUGCCAAGUUCAAGAUACUCUUUGAGCAGGGCACUGACGGCUUCGACGAACAGACUGUCCAGAGCCUGACAUUGAUGGAUGAGAUGUGUGAGCAGCUAGGUAUGCCGAAAGGAGAGGUCCUCCGGAUUGCCAACGUUAUGCUCGAGGUGUGGGCAGAGCACGGUAAGGGGGCAGCGAAGCAGGCUGGCCGCCAACAGAAGGCUGCAAAGGGACGCACAUCUGGGGCGACCGUGAAGAUAUGGCUUGAUUUCGAGCCAGAAGCUGAAUGGAGUUUUCACCUUUGUGUGCAGAUCGAUCCAGCCCCCACAUAUAUUCAGCAUUUCUUCCACUGCGCCUUCCUUACCAGUUACCUCCGCGCCCAGCUCUUGCACUCCAAACUCUUGAUCACCCACGUGGCAUACCUCUCGCCUCCUUCCUACAGCACCGCUUCGAUGCUUCCCAAGUCUAUCGUCGGCGGCUACUUCCUCGCCAUCGCUAUGUUGGCACCUUCUGUCUUCGCAAGUCGCGAUAGAGCAGCGCCUCCCGACACAUGUGGCGCGCCCUUCUGCGCUUCUAUCGAUGGCGCUGCUGGUGCCGCUGGCGCUGGCGCUGUCGUUCGCAUGGGCCGCAACGCCACCGUUGCGAGAGACGAGGUCAACGGCAAGACCCUGAAGGCUCGAUAG